GAAUGUGUUUGCAUGUGUGCACGUGCUUGUGUGUUAAGCAGUACCCGGGUUAUAAAACAUCCUUGCCUGAAGGAUUUUUUGCAGACCUUUGCAGACCUUUUCUGAGCUUUUUGCUCCAGGAUACUGCCUUUCCACAAAAUGAAGCCUACUACUUGCAGCCUUCUCAUCCCCAUCCUUCUCCUGCUGAUGAGCCCAGGGAGAACGGAGCAGUCUUUAGACUCCAUUGUGGAUGAAAGGAUAAAGGAAGCUCUUCAAGGUUUGGACUGCAAUCCACAUGCCCCAGCAAGCAUCUCAUGUACCAGUGUCACCAACUCCGGCAAACUGUCCUCCUGCCCUGCAGGAACUUCUGUCACCGGCUGUGCUUGUGGUUAUGGCUGUGGCUCCUGGGAUAUCCGAAGGGAAACCACGUGUCAUUGCCAGUGCAGUGUGGUCGACUGGACCACUGCCCGCUGCUGCCGACUGGUCUGAGGAGGAGGAGGAGAACCCCAUUGUGUGAUCAUGACUGCAAUGCACCAGGACCCCACACAGGAAACAUGACUCAAAGUCUCCCUUUCAUUUGUUAACCCUGCUUCUCCGCUAAUAAAGGCAAUUUAUGCAUCUA